AUGGCCGCUCUCGCCACCGUGCUGCAGGCGAUCGACGAGCGUGUCUCGCUGAAGCACGUCCACCGGCGGCUGCAGGCCUUCGCGCGCGUCCUGAUCGUCGGAACCUUCAUGGACGACGCGCUGCGCGUGAUGUGCGACUACCGGGGGCAGGCGGCGACGAUGAAGUCAGUGGGGUGGGGCGUCUCGCUGCCGCCAGGGUCGCAAGCGGCCGUGCAGUCGCUGAUGCCCUCGGUCUUCAUCGCGACGCAGACGAUCGGCGUGCUGCUCAUCCUCACGCGGCUCGCGCCGCAGGCGGGUUGCCUCGUCCUCGUGGCGUGGGCGGGCGUGCACCCGUUCAUGUACGCGCAGCAGAAGAACCUCGAGUUCCUGCUGGAGUCGGUCACCAUCAUCGGCGGCCUGCUCAUUCUGCUCACAUCGGAGCGCGCCAUCGCCACGCGCGAGCGGCUGCUGAGCGGCGGCGGCGGCGUGCUCGGCACGCCGGCGGAGCAAAAGGAGGCGCAGGCGAACGAGAAGAACCAGCUGCUCUUCGCGGGCCGGCUGAUGCUCUGCGCCGUCUUCGUCUACUACUCGGUCAAGAUGAGCAUCGAGCGCGCGCUGCUCGGCGGGCCGAUCAACCACGAGGACCCGAUCCACGCUCUCUUUGCGCUGUUCGUCCUGCUGCUGCUCGCACGGGCCUGA